GUACCGUCCGAUCAAUCCUCACGUUGGACUUGUUGGAAAACGUGUGUUUGCUGUAUGGUUUUCUGGCCCACCGAGAUAAUAACCUACUUAUUACUAAGUGUUGGAUCACUCUGAAUUAUUUAUUAAAAGAAGUUUAUAUGGAAUAAGUAAUCGAAAAGAAGGACAAGUUAACUUUGACCGUGGAAAAGGGUCUUGAAAACGCCCGAGGAGAGUCAUGAAAGAGAAAUCUGCAGGAAAGAGUGAUGCAAACGAGGCUGGCGAAGAUUCCACCAGUUACGUGGUGGGGCAAGUGUCCGGCUGCUUGUUCCCCAACAAGUCUGCUACUAGCUCGGAACCACUGUCUGCGUUGUUCUCAACCAGUUCCACAACCAACACUGUAGUGUUCGUCCCUGCGCCAAAGCCUGAACCCAAGCCUGCCAAAGCUGAAGAUGCUACUGCAAAAACGGUCCCUGUAAAGGUGCAAGAGAAGAAAAGUAAAAAGCCUAAAUCAGCAGCAGAAUCAAAACUUAACGACAGAGAAAGUGCCUUACAAAACGCAGACGAUCAGGACACCGUGCAAAAGGCCUCCAAGGCACCCAAGCGGAAAGCCCCAAAGGUGGAGGACGAAGAUGAGACAGGCAAUGACGGGAAGCCUGCUAAAAAAAAGACCUUUAAGGACUUUGCCGCCGAAAGAGUAAAGGACAAAAGGACGGUGUUUGUGGGCAACCUCCCUGUCAGUUGCACCAGAGAGGCACUACGUUCCAUUUUUAAAGAACAUGGGCCCAUCGAAUCAAUCCGGUUUCGCUCAGUGGCGAGGGAGGAUCCAUCCCUGUCUCGCAAAGUAGCUGCCAUUCAACGGAAAGUUCAUCCCAAAAAGCAAAAUGUCAAUGCCUACAUCGUCUUCAAAGAGACGGAGGGUGCAACGAAUGCGCUUAAAAGGAAUGGGAUGGAGAUUAUGAAAGACUUUCACAUCCGAGUGGACAAAGUCUCCAAACAACAUGAUCACAAGAGAUCUAUAUUUGUUGGCAAUUUACCAUAUGACGUGGCGGAGCUCUCCCUGAGGCAGCACUUUGAGGACUGUGGACCCGUGGAGGCCGUGAGGCUCAUAAGGGACCGAGAGACGGGAAUGGGGAAAGGCUUCGGCUACGUGCUGUUUGAGAGUCCAGAUUCGGUUCAGCUGGCUAUGAAGCUGGACGCCUCCACGCUGUGCGAGCGGAAGAUCCGUGUGAAAUGGUCAGUCAAAGACCAGGAUGAGAAAGGGGCCGCCUCAGAUGGUGGAAAGGGCCAAGGCAGAGGGAAGAAAGGACCCAUGAAGAAAGGGCUGAAGGGAGGCCCCCCGGGCAAGCCUGGAGUUGGUGGCGGUGGCGGCAAGAAGCCCUUCCAGAGAAACCCGCAGCAGAAGACGUCUCCCUCGACUUUCAAAGGAGAAAUGGCCGACCCCUUGGCCAAGAAGCAGAAAGGACAGAAAAAGAAAUCCAAGCUCAGGAAGAAAAAAGUGGACCUCCACUUAUGAGGUGGUCACAUUUGGUUCUGUUGGGUUUUUCUUUUUUUUGUUUGUUUUAUGAGUAAAGAUGGCAAAAAUAUUACUGCCAUUGUCACUGAUAACCAUUGGUUUUUGAGACAGUCAUUCAGCAGUAACUUUUUACCAGGUCACCAAAAUCAACAGUAAAACAGAGGGGUUUCAGCGCAAUCCUUUAUUUUUUGGUAAAAAUAAAAACAGGGCAACGUUCCUUAACAUGACCCAUCAAUAACAAGUCCUCCUACAGAGAAAACACUCAAAUGCCUUGCCGUGUUCAAACUAAUAACUUAAGUACAAACAGCUGGACAAAGGCCAGCAUAGUCUGUGUUCCUUUCACAGAUGUGUUCUUAUUUGUCAAUGACCGGUAUUUAGUAGUCAUCGUUGUCCUGGUAAUAAAAAAAGAUGAUGUAAA